AUGGAGGAACAACGGCAGAAAUAUGGAGAACUGUUGCAACAACUCCCCCUUGAGACGGUCGACUAUGCCUUUGCUUACGGAAGCGGUGCUCUACAACAAAAGGGAGAGAAAAAGGAGGAAAAGAUGGUGGAUUUUAUUCUAUCGACCUCGGAACCAGAGAAGUUUCAUCGCGCGAACCUGGAGCGAAAUGGACACCAUUAUUCUCUCCUUCGAAUUGCGGGACCAAGAGUUAUAUCACAGUUUCAGACCACAUUUGGAGCCCAUGUUUAUUUCAACACGCAAGUGCUCGUUGGUCAACGAACGAUAAAAUACGGGAUUAUUUCGACACAGGAUCUAAAAACUGAUUUACUUGAUUGGAAAUGGCUAUAUGUUGCUGGGCGGUUGCAAAAGCCGGUCCUCGAAAUUAUUUCUCAACGUGACGAUAUAGCAGGAUGGAUCAAAGCUAAUCGAUUAAACGCCUUGAAUGCAGCUUUAUUGCAACUACAUGAAACUUUCUCUCUUCGCGAUCUAUUUAGAAAAAUUGUUGAAUUAUCUUAUAUGGGAGAUUUUCGGAUGUUGAUCGGUGAAGAUAAAAACAAGGUGGCUAAGAUUGUUGAUGGAAGCUAUGGUGAAUUAGCAGAAACGUAUCGCUAUUUACUGUCGGAAGACAAACGAAUAUUUGUCAAAUCUGAUGCAGUAAUUCAACAGGAGUAUAGUCAAAACUCAAUUGCCGACCGGAUAAACCAUCUACCAGCUAACGUCAAAGGCAGAUUGUCGAGUAGUUAUCAAAAAGAAGCGCAAAGCAUUGACCCAAAUGAUUUGACAAGACAACUUUCGAGUGCAAUCGGAUCGGUUGUAGCGCCCGUCGCCUUAGUUCAAACUGCCAAGAAUGCUGUAUCGGCUGGGAUUCUUCGAUCAAUAAUUUAUUCAAUAGCUAAAAUGAAGAAAAUGUUGAAAUCUGUAAGA